AUUUUUGUCUUUGAAUGUUCUGUCCUUUUUCUCUCUCUCUCUCUCUCUCUCAAUGUUCUGUCUUUGAAUAUGCUUGCUCAAAUCUACAUAUUUGUUUUCUCUGUCUGUCUGCUUCUCUAGCAUCGAUUCAAUUUUGUGGUUGGAGCAUUCUGGGUGGUCCAUUAAAAAAAACGUUUUUUUUUUUUUUUUUUUGGGUUUUGUUCUUUCUAUGUCGACCUUGGUACUGUCAAGUGAUUUGUAAUUGUGGAAAUUGACGUUUGUUUUUGUGGAUCUCCCUGGUUCUUUCUUUAAUUUAGAAGGUCCCUCCGGUUCUUACAAGUAGUGCUCAAACAGCAAGUGUGUGUUCUUUUGAGCUUCCGUACGGUUAUGGAACUCUAGCUCGAGCCUUUAUUUGUUUCAAUCCAAAAUAUAUAAAAAGCUGGAACCUUUAUUUGUUUCAAUCCAAAAUAUGAAAAAGCUCGAAACUUUAUUUGUUUCAAUCCAAAAUAUGAAAAAGCUUGAACCUUUAUUUUCUUGGCGGCCGUCUCUGAAAGUUUUUUGUUUUUUUUGGUUACCUGAAACAAUUUCAAUUCCACUUAAUCUGGUAGUUGGUUGCUGAAGUUUAUUACUUGUGAUCUUCAUUGGCGCAAAUUUGAGAUUCUGCAAAGUUAUAGAAAUAUCUAAUCUUUUUUGAUGGGGUGCAUUGUAAUUGUUGCAUCACUCUAUGUUUCAGGCACUGUUAAUCUCUCUAUGGAUGCCAAAACCUGCUCGGGAGAUGCAAUCAGCUGGCUCCCACACGAAGUUUUGGGCAAAAUUUUGUCCUUACUGCCGACAAAACAGGCUGUGUCAACAUCUGUUCUCUCGAAAAAGUGGAAUCAUAUGUACAGAUUGGCGGAUAGUCUUGAUUUUGAUGACUCCGUCUCGCUGCAUGCGGAAGAGGGUGGUAAACAAACGAGUUAUGUGUUUUCAGAUAGCUUCAAGAAAAUUGUGGAUCGAACACUGGCUUUGCAAUGUGAUUAUUCGAUCAAGAAGUUCUCACUAGCAUGCCACGUUGGCGCGGUUAAUGAAGGCCAAAAGGCUUGUGUGGGACGCUGGAUAUCUAAUGUUGUAGGACGCGGUCUCGUUGAAUUGGACUUACGCAUAAAAGAUCGGGGUAUACACUUUCUGCCUUCUCAGCUCUUCGCAAGCAAAACACUGGUUAAGCUGACACUGGGAACAAAGCUCUACCUUGGAAAGCUUCCUUCAUAUGUGUCACUUCCAUCUCUCAAGUUUCUCUUCAUCGAUACGGUUUUCUUUGAAUAUGAAGAUUUGUGUUGUGUGCUUCUCGCUGGUUGCCCGGUGCUCGAGGAGUUAUCAGUCCAUCACAAAGACAAUGCUAUCCCUCACAUCAUAUCGAGUCCGACGGUCAAGAGACUAUCAGUUCACUACAACUUUCAUAGCGAGAACGAACUGUCAUUGGACCUGCCAAAGCUAGAGUACCUUGACUACUCUGAUUUCGCCUUGUAUGAAUAUCCACAAGCUAACUUGGGAUCCCUUGUAGAAGCUAAGCUGGAUCUUUAUCCGGCUGAACAUGUGGAGAGGCCAGGUGUAACUAAUCUCAUCAUGGGGAUAAGAAAUGUUGAGAUCCUUCAUCCAUCUCCCGCCUCAGUUGAUGUGAUCUACUCAUGCUGUAAAUAUGGGCUACUUCUACCGGUAUUCAAAAAUCUGGUUAAUUUAUCUUUUGGGAGUAAGGAUAAACGAGGUUGGAAAUUGCUGGCAACUAUGCUUAAGCAGUCUCCAAAGCUUGAAACUUUAAUCAUCCAGGAUCUGAAUGGUUACAGAGGCGAUGUCUCCAUGCCUCCGAACCAAGUGAAGGUGUUGCAUGUUCUGAAUUAUGGAGGAACUGAUGAAGAGUUUAAACAGUUGGAGAAAUGUUUUAUUGGGAAAAAAACGUAAUGCAGAAGCUGUGGUGGAUGAUGACAUAAGUUUGCAAACCAAAAGGAGAUAUAACGAUGCUUCAUGGAGUUUCACUUCCAGGAAAAUGCCAUUCCAGAGUGGCAUAAGACGUCUAGAUUCAUAUUACGCUAUGUAACUUUAAACUCAUAUAUUGUUUCUACUAGAUUUUUUUUUCAUUUUUUGUCACACUUUAUAGUACAAACCCACUUAUCAUGUGACUUCUUCGUCUAGACUCAAGAGCAUGAAAGUUAUCUCCUUCUUAUUUACAGGAUUCCCCUGUGGGUUGGGUUUGUUUCUGUUCUGUAAGAGUCAUUAGACUCGACUUCUUCUCCUUCGACAAUCUUAGUUUCUUACGUCAAUUUUCUCUUA